AUGUAUCGUUACCGCCGGCUGUAUCCAUACACUAUGUAUCGUUACCGCUGGCUGUAUCUAUACACUGUGUAUCGUUACCGCCGGCUGUAUCUAUACACUGUGUAUCGUUACCGCCAGCUGUAUCUAUACACUAUGUAUCGUUACCGCUGGCUGUAUCUAUACACUGUGUAUCGUUACCGCCGGCUGUAUCUAUACACUGUGUGUUGUUACCGCCGGCUGUAUCUAUACACUGUGUGUUGUUACCGCCGGCUGUAUCCAUACACUGUGUGUCGUUACCGCCGGCUGUAUCCAUACACUGUGUGUCGUUACCGCCGGCUGUAUCUAUACACUAUGUAUCGUUACUGCUUGCUGUAUAUUGUUACUGCUUGCUGUAUAUUUUUAAUAAUAAUAUAA